UGGGAAAGACUGACUUCCAUCGACCACUUCCGUCGACUCGACCUCAAAUCGCCCGUUCCUGAUGAAUCCCACCGGCAAGAGUGUGAGCGACCAGGCUAUCAAGAGCAGGCUGAAGUGAUUGUUGCAUGAGUCUGGUGUAAAUUUUGCGAGUCAUGCCUGCCGCUCGCCUAGAUUGUGGUGGACGCGCUAACAAAAGCCCAUUUUCUUGUCGAAAUGUCUCUUGGUCUUGCUGGAAAAAGGCAGCGGAAGUUGGUCACGGCGCUCUCCGUCUGGCAGGGCGCUCGCGCAUCGCAGACAAAUUGAACGAGGCUGAUGAAUUUCCGGCGUUCCACUUCGUUGCCUUGUGGUAUUCCAGGGAAAUAGCAACGACGAUAAGUAUCUGUGGAACGGUUGUAUGUAUGUACCACGAGAUGUGCUCGCGAGGCGCGGCGGAUGUGGCUCGUCCGAAACGUUGUACAAGGCGGAGAUACGCAUCUGGACUAUUCAUUAUAUCGCGCUCCCCACUAUCUAUUGGCAGAGCAAAGGUGCAGAACAUUAGGGCGACUGUGCCGUGAACGACAUGGCUGCCACCCUUCUUCCGUGCGCGCGCGAUCAGUGGUUGGGGGGCUUCUGUGUAAUAACAUGAGGUAUGGUUUGCGAGAAGGCAUGAAAAGGCGACGACCCGCCGCUCACCGUUCUCUUGAUCUUUACCUGCAACAUCUGUCCUUCGUCGCAACACCAACACCACUGUCC